UAAACCAAAUCAAACUAAAAUUUUGAGCUAUUAUUUAUCACCGUUUUUUUUAGCGGUACCUGAAAUUCUUCACGAAACCCUAAAUUAUGAAAUGAAUGAGUUUUUGUCUGUCUGGUAGAAAUGGAAUUGGCAACUAGAAUAAGAAAAUCUCAUGCUUAGAUUAUUCACGUACAGAGAGCUUGUGAUUUGAAUUUUGAUCUGUAUGUAAUUGUUGUUUGGUAGAUAUGGAAUUUUGUAACUAGAAUAAAAUUGAAUCCUAUUUUUUUCUUUACAAUGUGGUGUUAAAGCCAGCUUUCGCACAAUUCAACUAAUUGUACUGGAUAUGUUCGGCUUCCCACCAGCAACAUUAGGUUUUUAUCUACCAAGACUUGGAUCGUUGGAAAGAAAGGCAGACCUAGUGUUUUUUGGAUUUGAAAAUCAUUUUUCUAGAGAGCAAAAUGUUUCUAAGUUUUGAAGUGUUUUGUUUUAGUAGAAGCAAGUGGUUUCUCCUACAGUGAAAGGCUUCACAGAGAAGAGGUUCUCUUAUUUCUAAUGAGUCUAUUAUAAGUGAAGUUGUAAUGUUAUAUUUGAUUAUGCUUUCAUUAGUAGAAUUCUUUGCGUUGUCUUCCUUAUUUUAGUUUUAAUUUAAAGAAUUUUUGCUCUAUCAAGUGUUUUUGUGAGUGACCUAUAUAUUGUUACGUAGUGUGAUUUGAUGUUAUCGUUUUGUUCCAAUUUGUUGUAUUCUUUUAAAUUUCGAGCUUCAAAGCUUGAAUAUCCUUAACUAAAUUCAUGGCGUCGCCACUAUCUUGGGUUGUUCGGUGGUUCAGGUUGUGUAUGACAAUUUCAGUCGAGGUCCUGAUGUCGUUGCUCCUUUUCUGCCCUUUUGGAGGAUAAAAAUGUUUAUUUUUUGGUAAACUGUGAAGAAUUACCAUUGACAGCCAAAAAUUUACACCUAUAGAGCACUUUAGGUAGAGGAGCCACCUUCCACGAAGGUACCCUCAGUGUUGUGAAAAGCGCGCUUCAAAGCGAGGCGACCCUUGUGCGCUUUUUUAUCUUGAGGCGAGGCGAUCUGAAAAAAGCUCUCGCUUCAGAUGAAGAAGCGAGAAGCGACCCUAAGGCAAAACCGCAAUAAAGCUCGCUUUUUAUAAAAAAAAAGCGACAAUUAGGGUUUUUUUAAAAAAAAUUAGGUUUUUUUGUAAAAAAUAAUCUGAAAUAUAACCUUCUCUCUCCUCAAGACUCUUCUUUCACAACUCUUUCCCUUCUUUCUCUCCUCGCGACUCUUCUUUCACAAUACUUCUUUCCCUUCUUUCUCUUCUGACGAUCUUGACUGAGGCUGCCUCUCUCUUCAACCUCAACCGCGACUGCAGAGCAAGACACCUCUUUGGACAAAUUAUGCACUAUUGCUAGUAAGGUGGGAAAAAAAUCAAAUCAGAAAAAGAAAAUCAAACAUGAAUCAAGAUGGAGUAAGCGUUGCGGUUGAGGGGGACAUAGAAGAUAGAAUUAGUGUCCUACCAAGAAAUGUUAUUGAUUGUAUCCUUGAGCUCUUGCCUAUUAAAGAAGCUGCAAAAACUUGUACAUUGUCCAAAAGCUGGAGAUACAUUUGGAGCGAGCUUCCAAAACUGGUGCUCGAUUACGAGUUUUGUGAUGAGUUAAUAGAUGAGUCUGAAUCCAAAUUCAGAGAAGUAGUAGACGGGAUUAUGUUACUGCAUAUGGGCAAGAUUGUGCAGUUUGAUCUUGACGUUAGAGUAGAAGAUUUAGCUUCAUAUACAGCUAUUGAUAGGUGGGUUCUUUAUGUCACCAGAAAUAGUGUCAAGAAGCUACACCUUAGAAUUUCUAAUAUUGAUGAUCGUAGCUAUACACUGCCUCCUUGUGUAUUUCACUGUUCAACCCUGACACAGUUGAAACUUGCUAGAUGUUCCUUUAAACCACCUGAUUCUUUUCGUGGCUUUCCCAAUCUUGUAACCCUUCGGUUGGCAUCAGUAACCUUUUCAGAGCAUUGUGUUAUCAAGGCCCCUCUUCUUGCUAAUUUGACCUUGAACUGUUGUGAUGGUAUGCAAUACCUAAACAUUGUUUCACCAGUGUUGAAGUCCUUGUAUGUUUGUUACCCUCACUCCUAUAUCGCACUAAAUUGCUUCAUGAACUGCAAGAAUUUGAGAGAUUUAGGACUUGUGUUUUCCAAAGUGGUUAAUAAUCCAAAACAUGAUCAUAGAUCAACAUUGAUGAAACUUCUUGAUAGCUUGCCUGCACUUGAGGUACUCCUGUUGGAUUCACUUUUCAUUGAGCUUUUGAGUGCAGACGUAGUUCUAUCAAGUGCUCCUCCUUUUAUUCUCAACUGCUUGCAGAAGCUGUCCCUCUCUGUUGACUUUGGCAAAUUGGGUCAUAGUUCUUGCGUUCUACAAUUAAUCAAGUGUUCCCCCAAUUUGAGUGAACUUAAGAUUAGGGUCAAAGGUACCAAUGAUAAUGUUGAAGCAUUUGUGAAAUGUCUGAUGACGCCUGACUGCUUGCAACUACCAUUGAACAAGCUAGAGUAUGUGAGUUUCUAUGGUUUCGCGAGUCCAAACUGUGUACAGGCCUUUGCUAUGCUAUUCAUUUUUCAGGCACCGUCUUUGCUAAGGAUCUUCAUUGAACAACCGAUAGGAACUAAAUCCAGUAAAGAUUUGAGUGAUUUACCCAGAGCUUCUUCUAAGGUUGAGCUAGUUAUAAGGUAAAUCGAUAUGAUUGUUGUCAAUAAGUGUAUCUAAUAUCUCAGAAAUGUUUAUCUAGUUUUCUUUCAUAUUUACUGUUGGGAAAGUAUGACUCAAUGCAGUCCUGCUAUUCCAAUAUAUCUGAAUCUUCAUCUUUUGACAGUUAAGCUUGUUUUGGUCUCUAUAUCUACAUGAGGUCAAUGUAAGAUUUAGAGCCUGUUUGGUCGUGCUACUAAAAACUGCUUAUUUUUA